AUGGCGAUGACGAUGACUGGCCGUGUGCUGCUGGUGUGUGCCCUCUGCGUGCUGUGGUGCGGUGCCGGCGGUGUUUAUGCGAGGGACGUUGACACCAACGCACUGGGUGGCUGCAUGGCGUUGGGAGUGUUGGGUGAGAAUGGAUCCCACAUGCCUGACGGAUGUAAUAAAACUGCGAUUACGGUGCCCUUGCGGUCAGUGCUGCCCAUUACUGCCGUCGAAGCCUCGGAUGGAAAAGGCGCUUCUGUUGAAACAAAGAACAGGUCGAAUUCAAGUGAGAAUUCCGACGCUGGUGCUUCUACUGGAUCUGCUGGACCUGGCGGUGGACCUGGUCGUGAUGGUGGUGCUGGAGGUUCUGCUGCUUCUUCUGGUGCUUCUGGUUCUGUUGCUCCUUCUGGUGGUGCUUCUUCUGGUGCUGUUGUUCCUGGUGGUGGAGAUUCUGGUGCUUCUGGUGCUGUUCCAGGGGCUCCUGGUGUUCCUGGUUCUGGUGGCGGCGGUGGAGGCAGUGGAACUUCUGCUGUCGGUCAUGGAACCGGCAGCGUUUCUUCUGCUUCUGUUCCAGGGGCUCCUGGUGGUGGUUCUGUUGCUGGUGAAGUAGACGGUUCUGGUGGUACUCCUGCUUCUUCUGCUCCUGCUGCUCCUCCUUCCGCUCCUGGUCCUUCUGGUGGUCCUUCCGCCCCUGCUGAUGCUACUGGUGUUGACCCUUCAGCUCGCAGCAGUGAUGGUGAAGCGGGGUCCUCAGGCACUAAUCCAUCUAACACAACAGGGGACUCUUCAACAGGAAAUCAGACGCCUGCUGCAGCAGCGGCUCACAACUCCUCGCCUCCCGAAGGACUGGCAGGGACGACAUCCGGCACUGGACACACACGAAAAGAAGAAGAAGAGGAAGAGGAAGAAAAUGAAAAGCAGCAGCAGAGUGGUGAAGCACAAGUCCAACAACAACGGCAUGAACACCCCGCGGAAAGUGGCGAAGAAUCCGCGAAAGAUAAAAACGCCCUUCGUACAAAUGCCACCGCAAAUACAGGCGACAGUGACAGCAGCACCGCGGUCUCCCACGCCACCUCCCCUCUUUUGCCUCUUCUUCUUGUUGUUGCGUGUGCGGCUGCUGCGGUGGUGGCCGCGUGA